AUGGCGAUGGCAAAUACCAAUUACAAUAUAAGUAUAAAUUUAGAUUGCUCAAAUAAUCUUCCACCAGAAAGCUUUCACUUUGAACAAGAUAAUAAGUACUUGGUGUUUAAGGUAAACUUUUGCAAUGAAGUACGUCCUUCUGAACACAUUAUUCAGAACAUAAAUCAAUCCACUAUAGUUAGUCAUGCCACAUAUUUUUCAUAUCAAUCUGACGUCACAAGACUUAUUCUAUUUGGAAUAGGUGUGACAGAUCCAAUUGCAGGAUCCAUACUUACUACCCAAAUAAAUAAUUACAUUGACAUUCAUAUUAACAAUCUUCCUUUUGCGGCCUUUAAAUACGUUAUUGUCAAUAUUUAUAUUGUCACCGUCACUGGUCUAGAACAAGAACAAGAAUCGAGAAUUAUUGAUAGUACAUUUAGAGAGGCACUUGGUGUCAUUCCAAAUGUUCCUGCUACACAAGAAUCCAUUAAUAAACUAAAAGAAUUGAAUAUUAAAGAGGGUGAUGAUAUUGCUACCAACAAUAAUUGUACCAUUUGCCAAGAAAACUUGUUGUUUGAAGAUAUGAAAGUAGUAGAGAUGCCAUGUUCUCAUCUUUAUCACAAGAACUGUAUUGUUUCUUGGCUAAAGACUAAGCAUUUGUGUCCUUUGUGUCGCUACUCAAUGCCCACUGCCACCACUGCUGCUGAAAAUACUGUGCUCGACACCAACACCAACUCCGCCACCUUAUCUUGA